UGUGCGUGUGCGUGUGCGUGUGCGUGUGCUUGAUUGUUUAACACGUCUGCUGCCUCCGGCCCAGUGACCCAUACUGGCCAUUUAUGACACCAACCCAGAGCCAAAGCCGCCUCGCUGCUUGGUACCAACCCCAGAUUAGCCCAAUGGGGAAAUCUGGGCGAGUGACGCUGGAAGCCUGUUUGUGCAAAGCUCAUAUCCGAACAGAUCGCUACGGCUGCAAAAAGAGAAAGGGGACUGUUUGAAGGGGAUUUAUACAGAAGAGCCCUAACAUUCGUCUUCCUUUCCUUCAUACAACAGCGCGUCGGCCUUUCUCGAGAAAGAGAACAAAAAAAGCCAUAUACAGGAAAGUAGGUAUGUGAGCCUGCAGAUGCGAGUUCACCACAAAGAUCACAUGAGGUGGAUUUCCGCUUUGACACCUUCUCUUCAGGCGGCGCAGCGGGGCGGCGCCGCACAACCGCCGGAGACGCUGCGGCAGCAACGCGAUGCCGCUCUGAGGACCAGUCCGACGCCCGGGUCCGACAUGACUUCCAACGAGCUCCGGCGCCAGGGCAGCCAGGACGCCUACAUCCUGGACAACGCCCACAAGAAGAAGAGCUCCCUGUGGUACCGGCGCUCGCUGAGGGGGAGCGGCGAGCGGCACCGGCAGAGCACGGGCUCCCAGCCCCGAGGCUGCAAGCCUAAACAAACCUCCAACUCACUGGUUGACUACUCAGACCCAACAAGGACCACGGUUGUACUGGAAAAGCAGGACAACGAAACCUUUGGUUUUGAAAUUCAGACGUACGGCCUGCAGCUGAAGAACAGCUCUGCGGUGGAGAUGUGCACGUUCGUGUGCACGGUGCAGGACGACAGCGCUGCCGAGAGCGCCGGCCUGACCGCAGGAGACGUUAUUGUCACAAUCAACGGGGCCAGCAUCGAAGGACUGUCUCAUCAGCACAUCCUGGAUCUGAUCAGAGAAUCCACCAACAGCCUGAAGAUGGAGACGGUGUGUGGAAACGUGGUGAAGCAGAUAGAGCUGGAGAAGAGGAUGAACCUGCUCAAGCAAACGCUUCGUGAGAAGCUGGUGGAGCUUCAGGCGCUCACAUCACAGGAAAGACGUCUGAUGCGAGGCAACCUGAACGACGGCGGCCUCCGCGCGCCCGCCGACUCCCCGCUGAGCCCCCCCGCGGGCCGCGGCGGGCGGCGCUUCUCCAGCGACAGCAGCUACAGGAGCGCGAUGACGGACGACAGCGACCAGGUCAGCGUGUUCGGGGACCCGAACUCCCCCAGCCCCUGCAGCGCCGCCUGCGUCACCGACGAGAGCUGCUUCUUCCCGCGGGACUUCCCCACGCAGGACCCCUUCAGCAGGCUCUCCUCCGGCCACCACCACCACCACCAGACGCUCAGCCGCUCCAGCAGCUCCAGCCUGGCCGGCAGCAGCUCGUCCCUCUCCCCGUCCUGGGAGGAGACGAGGAUCUCGUCCCUGUUCGGGACGCUGCCGAGGAAGACGCGGCGCGCGAGCGUCCGCAAGCACAUCCUCAAGCUGAUCCCCGGACUCCAGCGGUCGGUGGAGGAGGAGGAGGCGGCAACGCACACUCACUGACUUGACACAAGCAAGCAGACUCUGCCGUGUUCUCGCCCGCUUGAAAGGUUGCGGUACCGGUUCGGCACCUGGCAUUUGUCGGGGUCAAAGCGAACCCAGGAGGCUCCGGAGCCGCUCAGGAGGACGCGGCUCGUGCUCGGCUCAGACUCACGGCACAAAAGCAUUACAGGGAUGUAAAGCGUUCUGACUCUGAACGAAUGAAUGUACGUGUGACAGUGUAACAGUGUAACGUACAACAGAUGAAACUAUGUAUCCUACUAACUUGAAGACAAACAGCAUUUCUUUUCCACAUAUACCAUUUUUGAUGUGCUCAGCAUUAACAAGGACUGGCUGAAAUGCAUUCAUGUAGCAUGUUGAGGUGAUCAUGACCUAAAUACCAUUCAUUUUUUUUACUGACAAAAAACAAAAAAAAACACCAACUCUGUCACAUUCACGGGCUCAAAACCAAAACCCAGAGCUGUAGAUGGCUGCUCAGCUCAAAACAGGAUGUGGGUAUUAGAGCACUACUUACCUAUUUUCAUCUCCCAACGUGCUCCCAGGCUGCAGACAGCUUGCUUUCACGCUGCAAGAACCCUGAAACGGUUUCGUGUAAAUCCUAAAUUUACAAGCAUUUGCAUGGACGACUUGUGUUGAUAAUGGCAGGUUUUCAGAGCUCGACCUCUUGCGUGUAAAAGGCUCCUUUUGAAAUGUAAUAAACUCGUGAUGUUCUGCAAACCCAUCGACACAACUGUUCUGAAGUUGCAUCUUGAGACGGAAACGUGUAAUCAUGUCAUCAAGUGUUACUCACAAACAACAACACGUUAUGGUAAAAAUAAACCCUGCUGCAGGUGUAA